AUGGCCGAGAAGUCGCUGCCGCCCCAAGCCGCCCCCGCUGAGAACCUCCCCUCCCCGGAGGCCUCCUCCGAGAAGCCCACCGAGGGCCUGGAGGGUUCCCGACCCCCCGCCCGCCGGGCCUCCCUGGUUCUGGAGACCCCGGUCCAGCCCCCAGCCAGGUUGCGCGGCAUCGAGGAGGAGGCCCGGCCGGGCCCACCCAUCUCCCGCCGUGGCUCCCUGCUGGCCGACCCCCCCCCGGUCGCCGCGGGACCCCCCUUUUCCCGCCGGAGCUCGCUGGCGGGCCCGGGGGCGGGGGGCCGGCGGCCAUCCCUGGGGGCCUGGCCCCCGCCCCCGGGGACCCGGGUCAGCUUCUCGGGGCUGCCGCUGCCGCCCGGCCCGCCGGCCCCCUGCGAGAACACGUACCGGACGGGGCCCGAGCCGGGCGGGCGCUGGAACCCCGAGCGGGCGCAGCGGGCGCUGGAGGCGGCGCUGGCCGGCUCCCUGGGCGAGGCCCGCUACUCGGCCCCGGCGGCCGGUCCCCUGGCCCGGAGCCUGUGCGAGCUGGUGCGGGCCCGGCUGCGGGAGCUGAGCCCGCCCCGCUACAAGCUGGUGUGCAGCGUGGUGCUGGGGCCGCGGGCCGGCCAGGACCUCCGCGUGGCCAGCCGGGCGCUCUGGGACCCCGCCAACGACGGCCUGGCCUCCGCCUCCUUCGCCAACGCCUCGCUCUUCGCCGUGGCCACCGUGCACGGCCUAUACCGCGAGUGA